CAGAUAAGUAUGGACAACGAUGAAGGUUUCACUGAAGUCGGGUUUAAAGAAGAAACUGCAACAGAAAAUUGGGCAGAUACGAGCUCGUCCAUCGUUGUUGCAUCAAGUUUACCAGAAUCAUAUAGUUCUUUUCAAAUGGCAGACAAGGCAAGAGAAGUAAAUCAAGAUACCACAAACUGUGAAGAUAAAUGGAAUCUUCAGCAAACAGUUAAAGAUUUAUUGAAUCUAUUUACAGAUUCCUCGCUUUUCAGGUGGAUAACCAUUUUUAUAAUGUUAGUGGUGGUGGUCCUUUCCUGUUAUAUGUUUUUAAAAUUGAUUGGUUUUGGAAUUCUACCUUUGGAAAGAGUAACUCAUUCUAAAGAGAAGCUGCUUGUCAAAAUACCAAGUUAUGAAGAACAAGCAGAGCUAUCAGUGAAUGAAAUUUUCCAGCAGAUCAAAGGCCAGCCUCUAAAAUUAAAAUGCAAAAUUCGGAAUGUGAAUUGUAUGAAGGGGAAGCAUCAUGUGAAAGAGUCUGGAAAUGAAAAUAUUUUAAAGGGAGCUGAAAGUCUCACUGAAAAAUUAGAAGUUCAGAGUUGGAAUCUAAAUUGUGUGAUCGAGAGUAUUUUAAAUGAUUCCAAGCUCAAUGAUGUUCCUUCAAAAAAUAUUGUGAGGCACAUGCGCAAUAAAUAUAAUAUUCCAGUUAUAAAAUUUCACUCAACUGAAAAUAUAGAGCCUAAAGUAGAGGAUGAAGGCUUUGUUGCACAGUUUUAUGAUUAUUUGAAGAGAAUGAAAGAUACAUGUUGUGGAGUUUUUCAGACGUGUCUUGAAAUUCCUAAAACAGUUUUGAAAGUAGGGAAAGCAUUGUUGUCAACCUGUCAAGAAUACUUCAAGAAGUGGGAAAAGAAAGUAGAAAUUUUGAUUGCAGUGCUAUUUUUUGCAUGUGUUGCUUUCAAAUUAGUGCUUCCGGAUUAUAUUAUAAACUUUGAGAAAUAUGUCAUAUUUUUUUACUUUUCGAUUAAUUUUAUGUAUUUUACAUUAGUAUUGCUUCAAUGGACAUAAUUUAAGUCCACAGGCUGUCAUAUGUUCUGAACUUGAAAUUGUCAAGUGGUAAAGUAUUUUAACACCAUAUAUUCAGCUUUUUGUAAUUUAAUAAGCAAAUACAAACUGCCUAUAAAAUGCAGAACUGUUUUGUGAUGUUGUAAUCCUAUGCAUGAUUAAAAUAUGUUGAAUAAGAAA